GGGGAAAUGCUUUGGUUCAUUGGUCAAGACGUCUGCCUGUCGCCAGUUACCCGCCGCUGAUUGGUGUAGAGCUGCGGUUUCCAGGUGUCGUGCUGGGUUGCGUUACCACGUCAGUGAAGUUACAGGGAACUGGAAGACUCUCACCGGCUUCUGGCCGGGCCUUCGCUACGCACCGAGCUCCCAGCUAUUCCCGUCAUACCCGCUGCAUGUGUCAGUCCCGGUCCUCGGCUCCAUCUCUCUCUGCUCGGGGAUCCGCAGCGAUCUUUUAUCGUGUCCUGUGCCCCGUGUCUGGAUGUGAAGCCAACGUCAUCGCCUAGGCCGCCAUCUUGGUUCCAGGGUCAAUCCCACUGACAGGGCUGUUAAAAUGGUGGAUAAGAAAAUCUACAUAGUUCAAGGUGAAAUCGGCACCAUUGUUGGUGCUAUAAAACGCAAUGCACGAUGGAGCAUGCACACACCUUUGGAUGAGGAGCAGGACCCCUUGCUGCACAGUUUUAGCCAGCUCAAGGAUGUAUUGAACAGUAUAAAGGAUCUUUCAGAAAUUGAACCCAAUGUAUUUCUUCGUCCUUUCUUGGAAGUUAUUCGCUCAGAAGACACCACUGGCCCCAUUACUGGGCUUGCUCUGACAUCCGUGAACAAGUUUCUUUCCUACACACUGAUAGAUCCUGUCCAUGAUGGUACAGCUGAAGGAAUUGAGAACAUGGCAGAUGCAGUUACACACGCCCGCUUUGUUGGCACCGACCCAGCGAGUGAUGAGGUUGUGCUGAUGAAAAUCCUGCAGGUCUUGCGCACCUUGCUCCUCACCCCAGUGGGAGAUCAUCUGACCAAUGAGUCUAUUUGUGAAAUCAUGCAAUCCUGUUUCCGCAUAUGUUUUGAAAUGAGACUGAGCGAGUUAUUGAGAAAAUCUGCAGAGCACACUCUUGUCGACAUGGUGCAGCUGCUCUUCUCAAGAAUACCCCAGUUUAAGGAGGAAGCUAAAAGUUAUGUGGCAAUGAAUAUGAAAAAGAUCUCUUCAUGUCUUCUCUGCAAACUGGACACCAAUAGUGGUGAACAAUCCAAAUACAUCAACCAGUUAGAGAGGGUACUGCUUUUUAAGAGCUUUAAGUUGAAAAUGAGGGCUGGUGGUACAAGUGAGUCCUCAAAGUGGAAGAAACAGAAGAGAUCUCCAAGGCCUCCACGUCAUAUAACAAAGAUUGGUACAGAACCCUUACAGCAGCCUCUAACAAAUGGCUCUUCAGCAAACACAGGUGGUAUUCCAUUUAUUGAUGCUGCUUCCCCGGAUGCUACCUCUCCUAUCUCAGCUGGAAGCUCAGAGGCCACAUCAUCUGUCGUCAGCCCCACAACUGACAGUGCAGUAGGGUUGUCUCAGGCUACAUCUAAAGAAGAUCUCUCUGAAAUAGAUAAUACAUGCCCUGCUGCUGCUUUUCAGUCACCAGAAGACCUGUAUUUGUCAGAACAGCCAAGCCAAGAUGACCACAAGAAUGAAGAAUUACUGGAAAGAAAGAUGCAGUCUGCUUCUGUAGAAUCUAUCCCUGAAGUACUAGAAGAUAGCACGUCAAUGGCUGAGCAUUCGGAUUCUGCCUCGGUCCAUGAUAUGGACUAUGUCAAUCCUCGGGGAGUUAGAUUUACACAGUCUUCACAGAAAGAAGGAGCAGUCUUAGUCCCAUAUGGACUUCCAUGUAUUCGUGAGCUAUUCCGGUUCCUAAUUUCACUUACCAACCCCCACGACCGCCAUAAUUCUGAAGUGAUGAUACACAUGGGCUUACAGCUGAUUACAGUAGCAUUGGAAUCUGCACACAUUGCAAACUACGUUUCUCUCCUGGGUCUUGUGAAGGAUGAGCUCUGCCGGCAUUUGUUUCAGCUGUUGAGUGCGGAACGAUUAAAUUUGUAUACAGCUUCCUUGAGGGCUUGCUUCCUUCUAUUUGAAAGUAUGAGAGAGCAUCUAAAGUUUCAGCUGGAGAUGUAUAUAAAGAAACUGAUGGAUAUUAUUACCAUAGAAAAUCCCAAGAUGCCAUAUGAGAUGAAAGAAAUGGCUCUGGAAGCCAUAGUACAGCUGUGGAGGAUACCCAGCUUUGUAUCUGAGCUCUACAUUAAUUAUGACUCUGACUAUUAUAGCUCCAAUCUCUUUGAGGAUCUCACUAAACUUCUUUCAAAGAAUGCCUUUCCAGUGUCUGGACAACUGUACACGACUCAUCUGCUAUCGCUAGAGGCUUUACUGACAGUCAUAGACAGCACAGAAGCACAUUGUCAGGCUAAGAUAUUAAGUAACACAUUACAGCAGGACAAGAAAGAGGCAGGCAAAACUUGUGUGGAUAGCACAGAAGAAGCCAGAGAUUCCGGAAAUAGCAAUGAGCUCCACAUAGAAGCCAGUCCUUCAAAUAACAAUACAGAAACCCAUGGACCUCGCCUGCCAACCAGUGGUCAUCUAAUGGCAGAUAAUAUGAGUCUUGGUGCACAAGAGGCUGAGGAUGACAAUGACAGAGCUGAUAAGAAGGCCCUGAGGAAACCACCUCGCUUCUCAACAUUCCUUCCUACGGUACAAGAGUUAAAUGAUAUAAAGAACAAGAAAAAGCUCCUCAUGACUGGAACCGAGCAAUUUAAUCAGAAAUCAAAGAAAGGAAUACAGUUCCUUCAAGAAAAGAAUCUCUUGGCAACACCAAUGGAUAACAAUGAGGUGGCUCAAUGGCUCAGGGAGAACCCAAGGCUGGACAAAAAGAUGAUUGGAGAAUUUGUGAGCGAUCGCAAAAGUCUGGAUUUACUUGAAAGCUUUGUAGGAACAUUUCAGUUUCAAGGCUUGAGAGUUGAUGAAGCUUUACGGCUAUACCUUGAAGCUUUCCGUUUACCUGGGGAAGCACCUCUGAUUCAGCGGUUACUGGAGGCAUUCACAGAUCACUGGAGACAAUCCAAUGGGACUCCCUUUGCACAUAGUGAUGCCUGUUUUGCCUUGGCCUAUGCAGUCAUCAUGCUGAAUACGGACCAGCACAAUCAUAAUGUCCGCAGACAGAGCGUGCCAAUGACCCUGGAGGAAUUCAGGAAAAAUCUGAAAGGUGUCAAUGGUGGGAAAGAUUUUGAUCAAGAUAUGCUAGAAGAUAUUUACCAUGCCAUCAAGAAUGAUGAAAUAGUCAUGCCAGAGGAGCAAACUGGUCUUGUAAAGGAGAAUUACAUGUGGAGUGUGCUGCUACACCGAGGUGCUACUCCAGAGGGCAUCUUCCUGCACGUGACCCCAGGAAGCUAUGAUCAUGACCUCUUCACAAUGACUUGGGGACCAACUAUUGCCGCCUUGUCAUAUGUGUUUGACAAGAGCUUGGAGGAGACCAUCAUUCAGAAAGCCAUAUCUGGUUUCAGGAAAUGUGCAAUGAUAUCUGCCCACUAUGGACUGAGUGACGUCUUUGACAAUCUCAUAAUUUCUCUGUGCAAGUUUACAACUCUUAGUAGUGAGGCGGUAGAGAACCUGCCCACUGUUUUUGGAAGCAACCCCAAGGCUCAGAUUGCUGCCAAGACUGUGUUCCACCUAGCCCACCGGCAUGGAGAUAUUCUGCGCGAGGGCUGGAAAAACAUAAUGGACUCAAUGCUCCAACUGUUUAGAGCCGAGCUGCUGCCCAAGGGGAUGGUUGAGGUUGAAGACUAUGUCGACCCCAAUGGAAAAAUUUCACUUCAACGGGAGGAAAUUCCUGCAAACCGCGGAGAGUCCACUGUCCUGAGUUUUGUCAGCUGGCUGACCCUCAGUGGCACUGAGCAGUCCAGUUUAAGGGGACCUUCCACUGAAAACCAAGAAGCAAAGAAGAUGGCUUUGGAGUGUAUAAAGUUAUGUGAUCCAGAGAAACUUAUCACAGAGAGCAAGUUCCUUCAACUUGAGUCUUUGCAGGAGCUCAUGAAGGCUUUAAUAUCUGUGACCCCAGAUGAAGAAACAUACGAUGAAGAAGAUGCUGCAUUCUGCCUUGAGAUGUUACUCAGAAUUGUGCUUGAAAACAGAGACCGUGUUGGCUGUGUCUGGCAAGUAGUGCGAGAUCACCUUUACCAUCUUUGUGCUCAUGCUAUCGAGUUCUGUUUCCUUGUUGAACGCGCAGUGGUCGGACUGCUGCGACUUGCCAUACGACUCCUGCGCCGUGAGGAUAUCAGUGCACAGGUUCUCCUUUCACUCCGUAUUCUCCUGAUGAUGAAGCCUAGUGUGCUGUCUAGAGUGAGCCGCCAGGUUGCUUUUGGCCUUCAUGAAUUGCUGAAAACCAAUGCUGCCAAUAUCCAUUCUAGAAAUGACUGGUACACGCUGUUCUGCUUGCUGGAGUGCAUUGGAGCAGGAGUGAAACCUCCGCCUGCCCUGCAGGUGACAACCAGAAGCGAUAAUGAUGCCGGUGCACAGUCAGACAGUGAGAUCUCUUCAUAUCACUCCUCUGAUGUGAGUCUAGAUCGUGGCUACACCUCCGAUUCUGAGGUAUAUACAGAGCACAGCAAGCAAUCUAAGAUGCACCGAUCAGUCACAGAUGUGGAUAUGGUAAACAGCGGCUGGCUUGUGGUUGGAAAGGAAGAUGUAGACUCUUCUAAAGUAGCUGCAGUAAUGAGCAAGCCAGUGGCAAACACUCCAAUAAACCAAUACAGUUUAACGAUCGGUCUGGACUUUGGAUCACAUGAUACAAAAUCUCUCAUGAAGAGUGUGGAGUCUCUGUCCUUCAUUGUCCGGGACGCUGCACAUGUCACACCAGAGAACUUUGAAUUGUGUGUGAAGACUAUUCGCGUAUUUGUAGAGGCGAGUCUAAACGGAGGUGUGUGGUACAAGUCUCAAGAGAAACGAGUGAAGAGCCACAAGUAUGACAGCAAAGCCAAUCGAUUCAAGAAGAAAAGCAAGGAGAAGGAAAACCCAAUGCGUCGGCCAAGGGUCUCCAACCAACGUCAGUACCGUUCUCACAGUGACGAUGAGGAUGACGAGAGUGUUCCGGCCAGUUACCACACUGUGUCAUUACAGGUUAGUCAUGACCUUCUCGAUUUGAUGCACACACUUCACACAAGGGCUGCCACAAUAUACAGUUCUUGGGCAGAGGAACAGCGCCAUCUAGAGACUGCAGGGGAGAAAAUCACUGCCGACUCUAGGACUCUGUGGUCGAACUGCUGGUGUCCGUUAUUACAAGGAAUUGCCUGGCUUUGCUGCGAUGCUCGGCGCCAGGUCAGAAUGCAAGCUCUCACGUACCUGCAGAGAGCUCUCUUAGUACAUGACCUGCAGACAUUGGAUGCACUUGAAUGGGAAGCCUGCUUUAACAAGGUGCUGUUUCCACUGUUAACAAAGUUAUUAGAGAAUAUUAGCCCAGCAGACGUGGGUGGCAUGGAGGAGACGCGGAUGAGAGCCUCUACACUGCUUUCUAAGGUCUUCCUGCAGCAUUUGUCUCCUCUGCUGUCUCUUAGCACAUUUGCUGCCCUCUGGCUGACAAUACUAGAGUUUAUGGACAAGUACAUGCAUGCUGGCUCGAGUGACUUACUGAUGGAAGCAAUACCUGAAUCCUUGAAAAACAUGCUGCUAGUAAUGGACACUGCUGGGAUAUUCCAUAGCGCAGACUCUCGUACGGGUUACUCAGAUCUGUGGGAGAUCACGUGGGAGAGGAUAGUCUGCUUCCUGCCCCGGCUAAGAGAGGAGCUUUUCAAGCAGACAGUAAUACAGGAUCCACCUCAUGUAACUGCAACUGAACCACAUCCUCAGAAGACACUAGCCGCGCCCACUCUUGUUCCUGCUGCCAUGGAGUCCAGGCCUGUGCCACAACCAGUGCACCCUGAGAGACCAGCCGAGCAAAGACUCUAUGAUGCAGACCUUACAAAUCCAGGCCUAUCUACAGUUCCAGUUCAUGGGUCCAGCCCUUCCUGUACUCCAAUAAGGAUAAGCCCGGUCACAGAGAUACCUCCUCCUAAAACACAGUCUCCUCUCAUCCUACACCCCCUAACGUCCCCUUUACAAGUUGGAGUUCCACCAAUGUCGCUGCCAAUCAUCCUCAAUCCUGCUUUAAUAGAGGCUACCUCCCCUGUUCCUCUCCUGUCCACUCCUCGACCCGCUGAAACACAGUCUAUCUCGGAGGUCAAUUGAUCCCACUGUUAUGAACAAUGCCUGAUUUACUUGUGGACUUGUAGUGGUGCUGGCAUGGAUAUCAGCUGCCAUUUUUAUUUAAAGAACAUAAUUCUUCUAGAAGUUAUAAACCAAUUAAACACAAUGACAGUGGCUGGUUUCUGGAAUAAGCAAUCUUCUCAUUUUAUCCUGACAAACUGACUAACCACGUUGAUCAUCAGUCCAACAAUCGAGCAAUUGUAAUAAACUCUGUACACUGUAAAGACAUUUUAUAAUAGAAAGUAAAAUUAAAAGACCAGAUGAAUUGAUAUAAAAAGUAAUCUGUUGUUACAUUGUAGGGAUAUUCAGGUAGCCCCUACUUUUAUUUUAGAUGAAUGUGAGAGCCAUUGGUUUUGUUUAGAACGUUCCCUAUAUGAAAUGUGUUGAAUAUUUCUCAUGAUCGUAUAUUUGUGUAUUCGUGUUGUUCAGCAACCUGCACCUUAUUGGGAAUGCUUUGCCUCUCCUAUUGGUUAGACUGUUAUAUUAGCAUUUUGCUUCUACUAAACCUGUUUCCUGACCACCAGAGGAAGCACAGAUGCUGUAUUACUGUAACUGCAGCUGAACCAAGUUCCUCUCUACAAAACAAAUGAACCUAUUACUUCUUAUUCACUAUACUAUAAUAUGGGCCCAUUUAGUUUUAAAGAACUUUGUUUUUUUUUUGUUUUUUUUAAUAACCCUGUAGCAUUGGUUUACCAUUGUGUAGACAAACAUUUUUCAGUUAUUUUGUCAAUCACACAUCAGAUUUGAAGCUUUAUCAAAGUAGGACAUGCUGGGAGUUGUAGUUUAACAGCUGCGAGUCACCUAAGCCUGUUUAGUUAUAAUUACUUUGAAGAGAUGUUUGCAACAUAUGAAAUACGUUGGUUUAAGAGUACUAAACAUUGGACAAUUAUUUGGCAAGAUACUUUAAUUUAAAUACAGGAUCCUAACUAAACUGCUAAAUUAUUCAAUGUUACAAUGACUGACAUUAAACGCAAUGACUGUUGUCAUUUUAUUUUA